UACAUUAUACAUUGCCUGAGAGCGAUUUAGCGGAAGCAGAGGUGCCAACCUUGUGUUUUCUCGUUACACCGUGCCCGAAUUAAUAGGAAGAUUAUUGGAACGGAUCAUGUGAGGCACCUCGUUUUCAUAAGGAACGUGGGGUAAGGUAAUACAAAAGAAAAACUUAAACGCGCAAUGGCAAACCAAUCGAGGAGGAUAAACCAGAUACAUGCAUCUGUUUUAUUUGGAGCUUAAUUCUAAGUGAGCUAUGCAGUCAUAGCCCGCCUUAUGGCAUGCGUUAUGCGAAUGAUGCGAAUUGUUAUUGCUCGACAUUUGUACAUGGUAAACUGGCUGUUUUUAAAGCUUAGCCCAGUGAAAAGGGAUAGGCUAUAAGCUAUGUAUAUGUGGCCAUUCAGCCAGAGGAAGACCCAUGGACAAAUAUUUGACAUGGAAAUAUAAACUUUCUCCUUCAUGUUUCAUAUCAUUUGAAAAUAUUGACAAUUGAAAGUAUGGGAAGUAACAAGGCGGGGACCAGCCAACAGAAUAUCUGAAGAAAAAUACAAUCAUUUUAUUUUUGAAUAUUUGUUGAAUAUUCUCUUGACCAAUACACACACCGAAAGGAACUCGUGGCUGGAACAACUGUGUGUUGUGAUGCUUUUUCUCUAUUUUUUCUAUAGUCUAAGUUUUGAUUUUUUCAGUAAGAUCUGUGCGAUUGUAGAAUGGCUCGAUUCGAAGAGGAACUAUCCAACCGGCGUGGAGGGGUCUGUCAAGCGGGCCCACCAAGGGGGGCAGGUCGGCCAGCAGGCCCCCCAAGCGGCCCUAGGGUGUACAAACAAUCAAUGGCCCAAAGAGCCAGGACAAUGGCCAUUUACAACCCCAUCCCUGUCAAGCAGAGCUGUCUUACUGUCAACCGGUCUCUCUUCAUCUUUAGUGAGGAUUGUAUCAUACGGAAAUAUGCCAAAAAGAUUACAGAAUGGCCUCCAUUUGAAUACCUGAUCCUGGCCACCAUUAUAGCCAACUGCAUCGUCCUUGCCUUGGAGCAGCAUCUACCAGCCGGCGACAAGACCCCCAUGUCAGAGCGCUUGGACGACACAGAGCCCUAUUUUAUUGGAAUAUUUUGUUUUGAAGCUGGCAUUAAGAUCAUCGCCCUUGGCUUUGCGUUUCACAAAGGCUCCUAUCUCCGGAAUGGCUGGAAUGUAAUGGACUUUGUGGUGGUGCUAACAGGGAUGCUGGCUACAGUGGGAGCAGACUUUGACUUGAGAACUCUGAGGGCAGUACGGGUCCUGAGGCCACUGAAACUGGUGUCUGGAAUCCCUAGUCUUCAGGUGGUUCUGAAGUCCAUCAUGAAAGCCAUGGUGCCUCUGCUGCAGAUCGGUAUGCUGCUCUUCUUUGCUAUCCUCAUGUUCGCCAUCAUCGGCCUGGACUUUUACAUGGGCAAAUUCCACCGGACCUGCUUCAGUACUGAUACAGGUGAGCAGGCAGCUGAGUUCCCCUGUGGUUUGGAGGCUCCAGCAAGGACCUGUGAGAAUGGAACUGUGUGUCAGGAAUACUGGAUCGGCCCCAACUACGGCAUCACCAACUUUGACAACAUCCUCUUUGCUAUUCUGACCGUCUUCCAGUGCAUCACCAUGGAGGGAUGGGUGGACAUCCUCUAUAACGCCAACGAUGCAUCAGGCAACACCUGGAACUGGCUCUACUUCAUCCCCCUCAUCAUCAUCGGAUCCUUCUUCAUGCUCAACCUGGUCCUGGGAGUCCUGUCUGGGGAGUUUGCCAAGGAGCGUGAGCGUGUGGAGAAGAGGCAGGAGUUUCUGAAGCUUCGCAGGCAGCAGCAGAUCGAGAGGGAGUUGACUGGAUACCUGGAGUGGAUAUGCAAGGCAGAGGAAGUGAUGCUGGCGGAGGAGGACAAGCACGCUGAAGAAAAGUCCCCUCUGGAUGGAGCGUGGUACAAAAGGAAACACAAUAACCCAGUGUUGAAAAGGGCAAAGAAGAGUAAGAAUGACCUGAUCAAUGCUGAGGAGGGCGAGGACCACUUCACUGACAUCUCAUCUGUUGGGUCUCCGUUCGCCCGGGCCAGCCUGAAGAGUAGCAAGAACGGCAGUGCCUCCUACUUCCGGAGGAAAGAGAAGCGGCUCCGCUUCACCAUCAGACACCUGGUCAAGGCUCAGAGCUUCUACUGGACAGUGCUGUGUCUGGUGGGCCUCAACACACUGUGUGUGGCCAUCGUCCAUUACGACCAGCCUGAGUGGCUCACAUAUGCACUGUAUUUGGCAGAGUUUGUAUUCCUGGGCUUGUUUCUGACUGAGAUGUCCAUGAAAAUGUAUGGACUAGGACCCAUGAGCUACUUCCAUUCGUCUUUCAACUGUUUUGACUUCGGAGUGAUUAUAGGCAGUAUUUUUGAGGUGAUCUGGGCAGUUGUGAAACCUGGGGCCUCCUUCGGCAUCAGCGUCCUGAGAGCUCUCCGUCUGCUCAGGAUUUUCAAAGUCACUAAGUACUGGAACUCUCUGAGGAACCUGGUGGUCUCUCUACUCAACUCCAUGAAGUCCAUCAUCAGCCUGCUGUUCCUCCUCUUCCUCUUCAUCGUGGUGUUCGCCCUACUGGGCAUGCAGCUCUUUGGGGGACUGUUUAAUUUUGACGAGGAGACGCCAACAACCAACUUUGACACCUUUCCAGCAGCCAUUCUCACAGUUUUCCAGAUUCUGACAGGAGAGGACUGGAAUGCGGUGAUGUAUCAUGGGAUAGAGUCCCAGGGGGGCGUGCGCCGGGGAAUGUUCUCCUCCAUCUACUUCAUAGUUCUCACCCUGUUUGGAAACUACACUCUCCUCAAUGUCUUCUUGGCCAUCGCUGUUGACAACCUUGCAAACGCACAGGAGCUCACUAAGGAUGAGGAAGAGCAGGAGGUGGCCAUCACUAAGAAGAUGGCCCUCCAGAAGGCCAAGGAGGUCAAGGAGGUCAGCCCCAUGUCGGCCGCAAACAUCUCCAUCACAGCGCUACACAGCAUCCUGUACACAGGCCAACAUGGAGCGGAGAGGGCAAUGCCAGCAAGUUUUGUAAAGCAAAGUCAAGGUGCACUCUCUAGCAGCUCGUCCGUCUGCAGCGUUAAUUCACUGAGUUAUGUCUGCUCCCCAGUCCAUCACUACUUGAGGUACCCUGAUAAAGGUGAACUGCCCUGUCUGUCCACCUGCAGUAAGGAGCAGCAGAAGUCUCUGAAGAUGAUGUCAGUGUGGGAGCAGCGAACCACUCAGCUGAGGAGACACAACCUGCGGGCCAGCAGUGAGGCCCUGUACAGCGAGCUGGACCCUGAGGAGAGGCUUCGUAUGUCCUCCGCCCUGCACAUCCGCCCUGACAUGAAGACCCACCUGGACCGGCCCCUGGUGGUGGAACCCCAUGACGGCCCCGGCCCUAUGGGCCAACACAAGCCCCGGACCCCUGAGGAGACGGAUACCCCUGAGGACCCGGCCGGCCCCCAGCCACGCAGGCACCACCGCCACCGGGACAGGGAGAGGCCCAUCGACGAGGCCAAUGAGAAUGGCGAUCCAGGCAAAGAGGGUAGGCACCAUGUCCACCACAGUCGUAGCAAGGACCCAGAAGGCACCCGGGGGAAGGAGGGGAAGAGUGAGCGGUCGCGCAGCCGAGAGGGGGGCAAGAGGCACCACCACCAGACCUUAGUGGACGAGGGAGGAGGAGGAGGAGGAGGGGGGACGGGGGAGAGAGAGCACCGCCACCACCACUCCCACAAACAGGCCAGAGAGGGCAACGGCACUGUCAACAGCGGAGGCAAGGGCGAGCGCAGGUCACGCCACAAAGAUGGCCGCUCGGGAGAGAGGUGCUCCAGGGGAGAGAACGGAGCCAAUGGGGAGAGGAGGAGACACAAGACCCAUGGCUCAAGGGGCCAGUCCACACUGGAGGGAGAGGACCACAGUGAGAGAGAGAAGGGAAGGGGCCACAGGGACAGAUAUGUGGAGUCUGAGGGCGACUCCCUGGCCAUCAGCCCCCAGCAGGACCCUGGAGAUCAGAGGUGGGGCACAGAGGGACCUGAAGACUCAGACAACCAGAGGAACGUCAGACGGACUGGACAGACGGCCGUCAACAUCCCCCCUGUCACCAUCACCCCCCCACCCGGGGAGACCACCCUUAUACCCAUGAACAGUAUAGACUGUGAAACCAUGCCUAUGAACGAGGAGAAGAAGACCCUGGAGGAGCGGACUCAGAGUGGACCCAGACCCAUCCUGCCUUACAGCUCCAUGUUUGUUUUUGGCCAGACCAACGUGGUGCGGCGUCUGUGUCAUUAUAUUGUCAGCCUGCGGUACUUUGAGAUGUGUAUCCUGGUAGUGAUAUCCAUGAGUAGCAUUGCAUUGGCUGCAGAGGACCCUGUCCAGGCCAACGCUCCGCGCAACAAUGUGCUCAAGUAUCUGGACUACGUCUUCACGGGAGUUUUCACAUUUGAGAUGGUGAUUAAGAUGGUUGACCUGGGCCUCCUGCUCCAUCCUGGUUCUUACUUCAGAGAUCUUUGGAACAUUCUGGACUUCAUUGUGGUCAGUGGCGCACUGGUGGCAUUUGCAUUUUCAGGGUCCAAAGGAAAGGACAUCAGCACCAUCAAGUCCCUCAGAGUUCUGCGAGUCUUACGGCCCCUCAAGACCAUCAAACGCCUACCCAAGCUGAAGGCUGUGUUUGACUGUGUGGUCAACUCCCUGAAGAACGUGUUCAACAUCCUCAUAGUCUACAUGCUCUUCAUGUUCAUCUUCGCUGUCAUCGCCGUGCAGCUGUUCAAGGGCAAGUUCUUCUACUGCACUGACGAGUCCAAGAGCCUGGAGAAAGACUGCAGAGGUAAUUUCCUGGACUAUGAUAAAGAUGAGGUGGCCGCCCAGCCUCGGGUGUGGAAGAAGUAUGAGUUCCACUAUGACAACGUGCUUUGGGCCUUCCUCACUCUCUUCACUGUGUCCACCGGAGAGGGCUGGCCUGAUGUUCUGAAGCACUCUGUGGACGCUACCUUUGAGGACCAGGGUCCCAGUCCAGGCUACCGUAUAGAGAUCUCCAUCUUCUACGUGGUCUACUUUGUGGUCUUCCCCUUCUUCUUCGUCAAUAUCUUUGUGGCCUUGAUCAUCAUUACCUUCCAGGAGCAGGGAGACAAGGCCAUGUCAGAGUGCAGCCUGGAGAAAAAUGAGAGAGCCUGCAUUGACUUUGCCAUCAACGCCAAGCAAAUGACGCGUUACAUGCCAGAGAACGUGCAGUCGUUCCAGUACCGGAUGUGGAAGUUUGUGGUGUCACCUCCGUUUGAGUACUCCAUUAUGAUCAUGAUCGCCCUGAACACCGUGGUGCUCAUGAUGAAGUUCCAUGGAGCUCCAGACUUCUACGAGGCCAUGUUGAAGCACUUCAACAUCGUCUUCACUGCCCUCUUCUCUCUGGAAUGCAUUCUGAAGAUCAUUGCCUUCGGUCCGCUGAAUUACCUGAAGGAUGCCUGGAACGUGUUUGACUUUGUGACAGUGCUGGGAAGUAUAACUGACAUUGUGGUCACAGAAAUCAAUGACCGGCUGUUGAAUCUGAGUUUUCUGAGGCUGUUCAGAGCAGCUCGCCUCAUCAAGCUGCUGAGGCAGGGAUACACCAUCCGUAUCCUGCUGUGGACCUUCGUCCAGUCUUUCAAGGCCCUGCCCUAUGUUUGCCUUCUGAUAGCGAUGCUGUUCUUCAUCUAUGCCAUCAUUGGUAUGCAGGUGUUUGGAAACAUUGAGCUCAACGAGGACACAGCCAUCACUCACCACAACAACUUCCGCACUUUUCUUCAGGCCCUCAUGCUGCUGUUCAGGAGUGCCACAGGGGAGGCGUGGCAUGAGAUCAUGCUGUCGUGUUUGAGUCACAGAGCCUGUGAUGAGAGGUCAGGCAACCUGGGGAAGGAGUGUGGCAGUGACUUCGCCUACUUCUACUUUGUCUCCUUCAUCUUCCUCUGCUCUUUCCUGAUGCUCAAUCUGUUUGUGGCUGUCAUCAUGGAUAACUUUGAGUACCUGACUCGAGACUCGUCUAUACUGGGGCCUCAUCAUCUGGAUGAGUUCAUCCGUGUUUGGGCUGAGUACGACCCUGCUGCCUGCGGACGGAUUCGCUAUAACGAUAUGUACAACUUGUUACGAAUUAUCUCACCCCCUCUUGGCUUAGGGAAGAACUGCCCUAAUAGGGUAGCGUACAAGCGGCUAGUCAAGAUGAACAUGCCCAUCGCUGAUGACAACACAGUCCACUUUACCUCCACUCUCAUGGCCCUGAUCCGCACGGCCCUGGAGAUCAAACUGUCCUCAGGGAUGGUUGCCCAGCGUCUUUCUGAUGCUGAACUGAAGAAAGAGCUCUCUACAGUUUGGCCAAGCCUUUCACAGAAGACUAUGGAUCUGUUGGUUACACCACACAAACCCAAUGAGCUUACUGUUGGGAAGGUGUAUGCAGCCCUGAUGAUCUUUGACUACUACAAGCAGAACCGAGCCAAGAGGCUCAAGGAGCAGCAACAGCAGCAACAACAACAGAAUGCUGCCGGCUCCCAGGGUAAGGUGGGGGCUCUGUUUAAACCAAUACUGCCCCUGACUUACAAGCAGGAGAAAGAGAAGGAGAAGGCCAUCAACAACAUGGAGCCUCCCUGUGAACUACUUCCUCAGCCUCAGGCCCUACCUAGACCCAGCUCCACCCUGCUCAACAACAUGGAGCCUCCCUGUGAACUACUUCCUCAGCCUCAGGCCCUACCUAGACCCAGCUCCACCCUGCUCAACAACAUGGAGCCUCCCUGUGAACUACUUCCUCAGCCUCAGGCCCUACCUAGACCCAGCUCCACCCUGCUCAACAACGGAGGAACACUGCCAGGCCAUGAUGGCACCAUGAAAGGAUCGUCCUCCUGGGUGUCAGAGAAGUCUAGAGAGGUCCACAGACCCAGGAAUAAGACACCUGUCCAACGGGGCCAGUCUGAAGAUGUCCCAAACACAACCCUUCCCCAGGAGUCAGUGGAGAUGAGGAAGAUGGACACCAGUGACAGCACAGUACCUGGUCCUGGGUCUGGACUGGAGAGCCAGGGGAGGGCUGUGUCCAUGCCCCGCCUCAACGCAGAGCUGCAGAGGAGCCAGUCACGCCACUCCCCGGGGACCCUGCUGGCCCCUGUUCCUGACUGCAGCCCGAUGAAGCGCUCUGCAUCCACCCAUGCCCCACAGCGCCCCCAAGAGGCGAACCUGCGUGACUACACCCUGGAGACGCCCAGCAUCCAGGAAAGGCCUCACCACCACCACCACCACCGCUGCCACCACCGUAGAGAGAGGGACAAGAAGCAGCGGUCACUCGACAGGACGCCAAGCACCGCUGGUACACCAGGAGACCCGGCUGCAGAGCCCUCGUCUAGAGACAGGAUGCAGGACCGCGGCCGCUCCCAUGAGAGGAAGAACCACUCGACGGCGGGGGAGAAGCAGCGGUACUACUCCUGCGAUCGCUACGGCAGCAGGGAACACUGCCACACCACCAAGUCUGCCACCACCAGCUGUGCCACCUCCCCCAGCGAGGUGCAGGACCCCAGCAUCAACAAGCAGGGUAGUGGUUCGGUUAAAUGCAGCCCAGUGAUGAUGACCUCAGGGGCUAGCACACCCAGCCGUGGACGCAGGCAGCUACCCCAGACCCCCCUGACCCCCCGCCCCGGGGUGGCCUACAAGACUGCCAACUCCUCCCCUGUGCACUUUGUGUCUGCCCAGUGUAGCAGUGGCCUGCCCACCCUGAGUCCUGGCCGGCUGAGCCGCGGGCUGUCUGAGCACAACGCCCUGCUGCACAGUGGCUCCUCCCACAUCCCCUCCCCUGUCACCCGCAUCAGCUCUGAGCCCUUCCUGGGUUACAGUCACAGGGAAGCCCAGGGCCAGGGCAGUCUGUACUGCAGUCUCCGGGACGAGCUGCUGAGCCCCUAUGCUGCCAGAGCACGCUCCCCUCGGACCGCACUGCCUCAGCUGGGGCCGGGGCCCCUCCACCUGCCUCCGCCACCCCAGCAGAGCCAUGCGGUGCCCAACGGAUACCACUUCACCUUUGGUGGUAUUGGCAACGCCAGCCCGGAGUCUAGCUCUGGCGCCAGGGCAACCAGGUACUACCACGAGGCAGAUGAGGAUGAAUGGUGCUAGCAUGGCUUUGAACAGAUGUUUUUAUUGCAUUUUUUUAGGAAUCGUGAUGAGUUUUAUCAUCUUUUUUUGAAGGAUUUAGUUUACACUGUUGCUGUAUGUAAAGCUAAUGGGAGCCAAGGAAGGGUUGGGAUUCAUUUGAAUGUGAACAAAGCAGCACCGUUUUUAGGAACUGGAUGAAAAUGAAAUUGGAUGUGGAUUCGGAGAAUUGUUGGUAAUUGAGUUUGGUCCGACUUCGUCUUAUGCCCUGAAGACAGUGGCAUGUUUAAUUGAGGGCACUUUUGCUUUGAUUCUUUAUCAAACUGAAUUACUUUGAGAACAUCCAACUUAAAAAAAAAUGCUUUACCUAGUCUUGAUAGUGACCCAAAUAGUGACAUAAGAAACUCUACUACAGUUACUCACAAUAGAGAUGGGCGAGCAGCAGGCCUCUUUGCUAACUCUGUGAUGAGCAGGGGGACACCCAUGUAUUGUUUAGUAUCUGUAACAACACGCGAUAAGGAAGUAGUUCGAGAGAUUUAUUCAAACUUCCCUAAGAAAGGCACUUGAAAGUAAAACUGCACAACAGCUAUUCUACUUUGCUUUGGGACUCUUACCAUUCCAUGAUAUAAAGGGAUUUACAAUAGCCUAGCCCUUUAUACGACAUUCCCUUUCUGUCAGAAGAUACAGCCUGAUCGAAUAGAGGGAUCGAUGUUGUCAUUACAGACAGUGAUUGUCGAUUUGUUACUGUUUACCGUUGCAAAUUUCACUACUACUACUUCAGAGAAAUGAGGAGAGGAAAUGAAAUGUGAUUGGUUUUAUAUACAACUAUGGUACAUGUUAUCUUUUCAUUGUGUGCAUAUUUUGUAUCUUGUAAAAACAACGUUGUUUAUGUAAAUUGCUUCAAGUUUGCCAUCAUUUCAGGUUGAAUGUGUCUUACAGACGGUCUGCUUCAGAUGUUUAAAACAAAGUGCCUAUCCUUUUAGACAUGCUGUAGUAAAGAUGCAAAGUCAAACCCGUUUCUGUAAAGCAUCAACACUUAAGUAGUUAUUUGGUAGUUCUGCAGGAGAGCAAGAUGUACAGAAAGCCUUAUCUGAGAAACAACAACUUUUCUUCAAGAAAAAGAAAUGCUUUUUAAUGUACACUAUUAAUUAACCUAUGAUUGCUGAUCAUUUUCGCAAAUGAUUUUCCUUUUGGUAAAUAUAUUUCAUCAAUUUGAGUGGGGAUGACGAAGGUUGGGGCAAAAUCAUCGUAUGAACACUUAACAAACAUGAAAACUGCAUUAGUAGCAUAUAAAUCCAGUUAGGAAGACACAUUCAGAGUAACACUGCAUGUUUAAAUCAUAAACCUGGUCCACAACAGUUAUGAAGAUGUAGUGGUGUAUAGUCACUUUCCUGGCGAGGUAAGUCAACUGCGAAAGCAUCGCAAGCUACCAUCUGUUUCAAUGCUAUAACUGCAGAGUUAGUAUAGAACAUAAGGAAUCUGAUGAGAAACAAACAGGGUGCACUUUUUGGAUGGAUGUGCUUGGGAAGCAGAGAUAGAGUAUACACUCAUUAGGUAUCUGCAUCUGAGUCGAGCCCCUGGCACCAGCACACUGUACCCCCGUGUCUCCCCAUUGCCUCAGACCCCUCUAUGUUAAGGUUUUAGCCCGUCAGAUAUAGUAGAUAUAGCAUAAAUAUGGUUCACACUUUCUAGCGUUCUAUCUACCCAGCCAUGGUAACCCAUAAUGUUGAUGGUUCACAUCUUCUUCAGAUAAUAUAUAUGGAUAUUAAUACAAUAUAAUUUAAAAAAAAUGUGUUUCCCUGGGAUGGAUGAUCUAGUGCUUGGAAGAGUUUUGGUUCUUUUCUAUUCCACAUUGGUGGUGGAAUGUGGCACGUUGUGCUGUUUAAGGGAUGCUCUACUCCAGCAAAAGUGUUGCUCAAUUACUGAUAGUAUUGGAGAUACAGUAGGCGGGGCCAGGUGUUGCAAUGUCUGCACACUCGUCGGGGUUCUGUACUGCAUAUUUCCUAGAAGCAGGGUUUUGAUGACAGAGAAAGUAGGGCUAUGCAACAAGAGGACACUACGGUCAUAUACUUCAUCCAUAUUGUAGCUUUACAUGUGGAGAUCUCCAGAUUCAUACUACAGCAUGAUUGUGACCAAAUCUUGAUAAAAAAAAAGUUCUCAAACAUGUAUAAAACAUGUAUUUUAAAAUGCGUACGGCACAACGAGUUGAAGCAGAAAUGAAGAGAAUAUUUAGAAAUACAGCAACUUUAUAUAUUUGCAUGCAUACAAUUUACCCAUGUUGACGAUGUCAAAAGGAGAAACUUGUGUCUUAAAAAGUAAGUAAACAAUGUCAUACUAAUGGUUAUCUGUUCCAUGUUAGG